AUGAUCUUCCAAGAUGAGCUAUUCAAUAGCCAACAAGACAAAUCAACCAAAGUUGACAAAGAGGAUGACAGUAAGAUAUGCGGAGUCACACUGAAUGACAAAGAUAAACCUACUUAUUAUGUGACCUUAGAGAGUGAAGAAGCGAAGGCAACAUGUACAUGUCAUAUAUUUGAGUUUAUAGGGAUUCUCUAUAGGCAUAUUCUAAGUGUCCUUGGGAGGAAAUCAAAAUUAGAUAUGUUGCCAUAUCAUUAUAUUUUAGAGAGAUGGAGCAUCAAUGCUAAGAGGCGGGCUAUUAUUGACAUACCAAAUUCUGAUGGAAUUGUAAUGACACAGGAUGAUCCAGUCAUGAGAAAAAGCAAGUUGAUGAUACAAUUCUAUGAUAUUGCAGAACUUGGAUCACAAUCAAUACAUAAAUGUAACCAUCUCUCUCUUGCCUUAUACAGGGUCUACAAGGAGUUGCUCUUGAUGGAAGAAAUUGAAGGAAAAGAAAUUGCAGAAAGUGGAAACAUGUCAUUGAAUGAUCCACAAAUGUUAAGAUCACAAGUUGUAUCAAAUUUUACACAAAUUUUGUUGGAUCCUUCAUGGGUGCCAACAAAAGGCCGACUAAAAUUGUUGAAAGCAAAAAACUCGAAAGAAACUCAAACCACGAAGAAAAGACGUUGUAGUAUUUGCAAGAUUGAGGGUCAUGCUAAGAACAACUAUCCUUUAGUGAGGGAUCUUGGAAAUACAACUGCGAACAACACUUCAAUUUUGGAUCCAUCGCUUCAAACAACUGGGGUUAAUGAGAGUGAAGAAUUGGAGGACUGCGGUGAUGGCUCAAUUAAUGGAGCAAGUUAA